AUGAAGGACUUGAAGGUCAACCCUAGCCCUGGGGCCAGUGUGGGCCCUAACCAUAACCCUGGAGCCAGUGGGGGCCCUGACCCUAACCCCGGAGCCAGUGGGGGCCCUAACCAUAACCCUGGAGCCAGUGGGGGCCCUAACCCCGGUGCCAGUGGGGGCCUUAACCCUGGUGCCAGUGGGGGCCCUAACCAUAACCCCGGAGCCAGUGGGGGCCCUAACCAUAACCCUGGAGCCAGUGGGGGCCCUAACCAUAACCCUGGAGCCAGUGGGGGCCCUAACCCUAACCCCGGAGCCAGUGGGGGCCCUAACCUAGUGGGUCCUAACCCUAACCCUAACCCUAGCCCUGGCCCCACAUAUGUAGUAGUGCUUUCCCCAGAGCUCUGGUCCAAAACUGACCCAGAUCUGAGCUUUUCUCCAGGGAUCCUGAUUACAGCCGAAUGUAAACAGUCUGACCACAGGGCUCCACACGCAAAGCAUCUGGGACUGACCCAGCUCCAGUCAACUUACAGACUACAACAAAACAACAAAUAUAUACAGUAA